UGCUGGUUCUGCCUAGAUUCUUGAACCUCUCGAUGCCAGAUGGUAGUGAUUUUCAACCUUCCUCAUCUGGAAAUACAGAUUUGAAAGCUCGUUUGUCAAACUUGAAGGUGACUACCCUCUUCCUCCCCAACCCAGAAGUCAUAGAAGUGGUUAAAUAAAUAAAAUCUGGAGGAGACACUGAGAAUUCAAAUAGGCAAGUUGGAAAGAAUGAUGAUUGGUGGGGAGAUAGCCAAUUUUAAUGCCAGAGUUACUUCUAGCUAUGAGAUUUGAGCCCAGUUAAGGUCUCCGUUUUCCUUUGUAAGGAGGGAUUCCUUCAGUACUCUGACAAAUGUGUGGCUGCCUACUCUUGUGGUAAACAGGAGGCACUGGGAUUAGAGAGAUAAGAGGUGUCACCCGGGACUCCUCAGGUCUUAGAAUUUAGGGCCCAGGUUCUAAAAACCAUUGUGCGUAGGAAUUAACUGGAUAAAAUGUGGGUCUCAAGUCUAGCCUGGAGCCAUCUUUGUUCACAAAAGCAUAUUGUGCCUUUGCAAGUUUAAUGGAGUUGAUUGCAUGUUAGAUCUUGUUAUAGAAUAAAAGUAGUGACUGAUUAUUUGAAAGCAUGGAAUCUGGAUGGAUACCUGGGGGUCAGUAUGGUACUGUGCACCCUGCUCUGGGAGAUGCAGGGGUAGAGAGGCUCACUGUGCCUCUUGCCUGGUAACAAUGUGGUUAAGGCAUACCCAGGGGGUUUGGUGACUCCUCCCUGGGAAGAAAGAUGCACUAGAUAUUUGAUCAACACCCCUAUAAUUACUAUAGUGUGCAACAGUGACUUCCUAUUUGUUUUAGAAGCUCAGCUUUGUUGUAGAAACCCUUAGAUUUCUUUAACAAUCUUUGGAGGGCUUCCAAAUCAGCUUAGAGAGAUUCCACACAUACAGGAAAAAAAAAAAAAAGUCUUUUGAUUAGCUGAUCUUUAUGGGCAAAUAAUCUCCAUGAAAAGUUCCCCUAAUCGUUUUAGCCUUAUGGAAAAUGCCCGUAGGUGCUACAGCCCUAGGCCUAGUCCUCAGCGAAGACCCAUUAAACAACAACAAUGGUAAAACAACCCAUAAAGGCUGAUCAGUGAAGAUGAUUUUUGGCUCCUUCUCUCUGUUCACGCACACACAGCACCUAUUGCUUCACCUUCUGUUCACCUAAGAGUCUGCAGGAUGGUUUUGGUGAGAGUGAAAUGUGUGCCAAAUACCCAGCACAUAAUAGAUAUCCAAUAGUUUUCUGAAAUAAAAGCACAGCAUAAAAUGUUCAAACACAUCAAGCAAGUUAGAUAAACAAGUCCUUUAAAAAAAAAUUCCCUGAAACAGUACUGCAGAAUAAUACAAACAUUUUGACGUCAUAUUAAAAGUUGAACACAUUGUUGUUCUAACUUUGCAUUUAGAAGUUCCAGAACAUGGGUCCCCAAAGCAGUGACUUGAAAGAGAAGGCUGCUGGUUAUUUAUAGCUGUGUUUAGCUGUCUACCACCCUCACAAACCCAGGAAAGAAACUUAAAAACCCAAGAGUCUGGUUUCAAGACAAGCCUCCCUGCCUCGGGGAACAAUUACUGUCAGAUUUACAACGCAGAUAAUUGGGAGCGGAUGUGGAGAAAUGGUACUUUCCUCCACCUGCAGUUUUAAAAGAAAGAUUACCCCCCCUCCUGUUUUGGAACAUGGAUUGGCCCAUCGUGUGUUUAACUAGUAAAUGAAGCCUGGAGUGGAGGGGAGGAGAGAGGGAGCCAGCCACACUCUGUUCUUGCUUCCGGUGUGUGACUCCAGAGACACACAGUUGGUCUCAGCCUGGCUGGGAAAAGAAGCCUGGGAUGUAACCCCGGCAGACGGGAGCCUCAGUCUACCCAGCUGAGGUUUGAAGCUGAGAGAUCUCAGCACAGCUAAGGAACAGAAUUGGAAGCAGAGAGCCCUGGCGUAAGGCAGGUGACAAGCAUUAUCACCCCAGCUGUGCACGAUGCAGCAGAUGCAACCAGAUGUUCACAGAAGGAGAGGAAAUGUAUCUUCAAGGUUCUACUGUUUGGCAUCCCGACUGUAAACAGUCUACCAAGACAGAGGAAAAGCUGCGGCCAACCAGAACCUCCUCUGAGAGUAUUUAUUCUAGACCCGGUUCCAGCGUCCCUGGCUCACCAGCCCACACCAUCUAUGCAAAAGUAGACAAUGAAAUCCUGGAUUACAAGGAUUUAGCAGCCAUUCCCAAGGUCAAGGCGAUUUAUGAUAUUGAACGUCCAGAUCUUAUUACCUAUGAGCCUUUCUACACUUCGGGCUAUGAUGACAAGCAAGAGAGACAGAGCCUUGGAGAGUCUCCAAGGACUUUGUCCCCUACUCCAUCGGCAGAGGGUUACCAGGACAUACGGGAUCGGGUGAUGCACCGGUCCACCAGCCAAGGCUCCAUCAACUCCCCUGUGUACAGCCGCCAUAGCUACACUCCCACCACGUCACGCUCUCCCCAGCACUUCCACAGACCUGGCAAUGAGCCGUCCAGCGGCCGGAACUCCCCUCUCCCUUACCGGCCCGACAGCCGCCCUCUAACUCCAACUUACGCUCAGGCCCCUAAACAUUUCCAUGUUCCAGAUCAAGGGAUCAACAUCUACCGAAAACCACCCAUCUACAAACAGCAUGAUGCAGCUGCCUUGGCAGCCCAGAGCAAGUCUUCAGAAGAUAUCAUCAAGUUUUCCAAGUUCCCAGCAGCCCAAGCGCCAGACCCCAACGAGAUACCAAAGAUUGAAACGGACCACUGGCCUGGUCCCCCCUCUCUGGCCGCCGUAGGAACUGACAUGAGACGCAGAUCUAGAGAGGAAGAUGAAGAGGAACUUCUGAGACGCCGGCAGCUUCAAGAAGAACAAUUGAUGAAGCUUAACUCAGGCCUGGGGCAGCUGAUCCUGAAGGAGGAGAUGGAGAAGGAGAGCCGGGAAAGGUCAUCCCUGUCUGCCAGUCGCUAUGAUUCUCCCAUUCACUCAGCUCCGCAUGCCCCAUCAUCUAAAACCUCGUCUCUCCCUGGCUAUGGAAAAAAUGGGCUUCACAGGCCUGUUUCCACGGACUUUGCUCAGUAUAACAGCUACGGGGACGUCAGCGGGGGAGUGCGAGACUACCAGACCCUUCCAGAUGGACACAUGCCAGCCAUGAGGAUGGACCGAGGUGUGUCCAUGCCCAACAUGUUGGAACCAAAGAUAUUUCCAUAUGAAAUGCUCAUGGUGACCAAUAGAGGGCGCAACAAAAUCCUGAGGGACGUGGACAGAACCCGGCUGGAGCGCCACCUCGCCCCAGAAGUGUUUCGGGACAUUUUUGGAAUGUCCAUUCAGGAGUUUGACAAGUUACCUCUUUGGAGACGCAACGACAUGAAGAAAAAAGCCAAACUCUUCUAAGUCCCACACAUACACAGCAAUUAGAAAAGGACUGGCAGUGGCGAUGAUGCCAAUGAUGUUGUAGUAAGGUCCAAACUUUAAUUGGAGAAUUUACGAUGUACCAUCCCUCAGCAGCAACACCAAGGGAAAGGUCUGGCCACACAGUACCCAGAGCCAAAUACUGGGCCAACCAACAGUAACACUUGCCAAGCAGCAAUGGUAGAAAUUUCUAUGUUCCCCAAACACAGCAGUAAUGUUCACAGGUGACCUUUCUACAUGACAUACUGAUCACAACAGGACCCGCCUGCCUUUCUUCUUCCUUCCUUCCUUCCUUCCUUCCUCCCUUCCUCCCUUCCUCCCU